UCUUCUUCUUCUUCCUCUUCUUUCUCCUCGUUGCUUUUGCUAAACAGAUUAUCAUUCUUAUUUGUGUUGGCGUCCAUGGGUAGCAAGAAGAGAGAGUCCAGUUCUAUGGAAGACUCUGGAGUAGAGCUCCUAAAAGACAAGCAGCAAGUGAACUCGGGCAUUGAGAAUGCUGGAGCAGAACCCUCGAAUAAGAGGGUAAAAAAAGAGAAAAAGAAGAAGGAUACUGAAAUUCCUGAGAGUGAAAAUCAGAAUGAUGCCAAUGUAGCAUCAACCUCCUCAAUUUCUCACAACCCUUCCAUGAAUUCGAUGGAAAGGAGAAAACAAAGGAAGAUGCUGGAUAAGGAAAGACAUCGAGCAGAGACCAUCAAAAUCGAAUCGGUACCUGAAAAAAUGGACGUGGAAUUAAAAAGUGAUAACAAUGAGAGGGGUAGUACCAGUAAUAGUAGUAGCGGAAUAUUGCCUGAGUUCCACAUUGGGGUUUUUAAGGAUCUGGCCGCAGUUGAGGCAAGCAUCAGGGAAGCAGCUGCCAAGGCAUUGGCGACCGAGUUAAGGGAAGUUCAGAAAGCGUAUGAUAAGUUAGAGAACAAGGAUGAGGUCGAAGAUAAAUCCAAACUGGAAGCAGAGAAGGAUGACGGCUUGAAUAACUGUGCUCCAUCUGUGCGGUAUGCUGUGCGGAGACUCAUUCGUGGCGUGUCCUCAUCGAGAGAGUGUGCAAGACAGGGAUUUGCAUUAGGUCUCACAAUUUUGGUUGGCACAGUCCCUAGCAUUAAGUUGGAUUCAUUGUUAAAGCUGAUUAUUAAUUUGUUGGAGGUCUCUUCUUCCAUGAAGGGUCAGGAGGUUAGGGACUGCUUACUGGGUCGCUUAUUUGCAUAUGGAGCUCUUGCAAGAUCAGGAAAGAUAACUGAAGAAUGGAUCGCAGAUAAUAAUACUCCACUCAUAAAAGAAUUUACAAGUUGCCUUAUUGCCCUUGCUGCUAAGAAGCGGUACUUACAAGAGCCUGCUGUUGUAGUCUUAUUGGAAAUGGUUGGAAAGUUGCCUGUUGAAGCACUGUCAAAUCAUAUUCUUGAAGCACCAGGACUUCAGGAGUGGUUUGAAGGAGCAAUUGAAGUUGGAAAUCCAGACGCCUUACUUUUAGCCCUUAAAAUACAAGAAAAAGUUAGUUUUGACUGUAAAUGUGGGAAACUAUUGCCUUCCCCCUAUAGCAAGAGCGCUCUCUUCGCUGCUGAUCAUUUGUCCAAUAUAGCUGGUUGCUUAAAGGAGUCCACCUUCUGUCAACCACGAGUACAUAGUGUCUGGUCUGUUUUGGUUAGUAAUCUCUUACCUGAUGUUGUACAAGAUUUAGAUUCAGCAUCAGGACUAAUUUCCAUCAAGAAGCACAAAAAAAGUCGCAAGUGUAGCCCAGCUGAAGAAGAUAUGGGGAGAAAUCUUCAGCGCUUCUGUGAAAUAAUAAUUGAAGGGUCACUUUUACCCUCAUCUCAUGAUCGCAAAAAGUUAGCAUUUGAUGUAUUGUUGCUUCUACUGCCAAAGCUUCCUGCUUCAUGUGUGCAUGUUGUAUUGUCUUACAAGGUUGUUCAAUGUUUAAUGGAUAUACUUUCAACAAAAGAUUCUUGGCUUUAUAAAGUUGCACAACAUUUUCUUAAAGAACUGUCAGAAUGGGUAAUGCACGAUGAUGUUCGGAGAGUGGAGGUAAUUGUGGCUCUGCAAAGACACAGCAACGGGAAAUUUGAUUGCAUCACCAGAUCAAAGAUAGUGAAGGAUUUGAUGACGGAUUUUAAAACUGAGUCUGGUUGUAUUCUAUUCAUUCAGAAUUUGAUCACCAUGUUUCUGGAUGAAGGCCAUUCUUCGGAAGAACCUUCAGAUCAGAGUCAAACAACAGAUGAUAAUUCCGAGAUAGGAUCCGUUGAAGAUAAGGAUGCUGUUGGGAUACUAGGAACUUCUGAAUUCCUUAAGAGUUGGAUCGUGGAAUCUCUUCCCAAUAUUGCAAAGCAUAUUAAGCUUGAUCAAGAUGCGAGGUUCCGUGUGCAAAAAGAAGUCCUGAAGUUUCUGGCAGUUCAAGGUCUCUUUUCAUCAUCACUUGGGACUGAAAUAACAUCUUUUGAACUACAGGAAAAGUUUAGAUGGCCAAAAUCAGCCAUUCCUAAUGCUUUGUGCCAGAUGUGUAUUGAGCAGCUACAGUUAUUGCUUGCAAAUGCUCAGAAAGGAGAGGGACCUCAUGCUGUGGCUAGUGGUGUUGAGGCAAAUGAUAUUGGAUCUUAUUUUAUGCGGUUUCUUAGUAUAUUAUGCAACAUUCCUUCAGUUUCUCUAUCAAGGGCCCUAAAUAUUGAUGAUGAAAAAGCAUUCAAGAAACUGCAGGCCAUGGAAAGUCAACUAUCAAGAGAGGAACGCAAUUGUGGUCUUAGCACGGAUUCCAGUAAAUUGCAUGCUCUGAGGUAUUUGCUCAUCCAACUGCUGCUUCAACUCCUACUUCGACCUGGGGAAUUCUUUGAAGCUGCCUCUGAACUUGUCGUGUGUUGUAAAAAAGCCUUUGGCUCUUCUGAUCUUUUAGAGUCCUCUGGAGAAGAUGAACCUGAAGGGGAUGGUGUGCCUGAGUUAAUGGACGUACUCGUUGACACAAUGCUUUCUCUCUUGCCACAGUCAUCAGCUCCCCUGCGAUCUGCCAUUGAGCAGGUUUUCAAAUAUUUUUGUAAUGAUAUCACUGAAGAUGGGUUACUACGGAUGCUGCGGGUCAUAAAAAAAGAUUUAAAGCCAGCUCGACACCAGAAUACAGAUAGUGAAGAUGAAGACGCUGAAGAUGAUCUUCUUGGUGUUGAAGAAGCAGAGGAAUCUGAUGAGGCCGAGACAGGUGAAACUGUUGAGAGCGAUGAGCAGACAGAUGAUUCUGAGGCAGUUGUGGGAGUUGAUGCAGUUACUGCUGAACUACCAGAGGCCUCUGAUGAUGAUUCUGAUGAGGGAAUGGAUGAUGAUGCAAUGUUUCGAAUGGAUACCUAUCUCGCACGAAUAUUCAGGGAAAAGAAGAACCAAGCUGGAGGUGAAACUGCCCAUUCACAGCUUGUGCUCUUUAAGCUUCGUGUUCUGUCUUUGCUGGAGAUUUACCUACAUGAAAAUCCAGGUAAACCACAGGUACUGAAAGUAUUCUCGAACCUGGCUCAAGCAUUUGCUAAUCCACAAACAUCAGAAGGAAGUGAGCAGCUUGGUCAGCGGAUAUGGGGAAUUAUACAAAAGAAGAUAUUUAAAGCUAAGGACUAUCCAAGAGGUGAGUCAGUGCAGCUUGCAGUACUUGAAUCCCUCCUGGAAAAGUACUUGAAGUUGGCAGCAAAGCCAUUCAAGAGAAAGAAAUCUGCUUCUAAUCCAUCAAAGAAGAAACAAUCUGCAUCCUGGAAUCGGCACAAAAUGAUCAAUUCACUUGCUCAAAGUUCAACAUUUUGGAUUCUAAAGAUCAUUGAUGCAAGAAACUUCUCAGAGUCUGAACUGCAGAAGGUUUGUGAUAUAUUCCAGAAUGCCUUAGUGGCCUACUUUGAUAGCAAAAAAUCUCAAAUGAAAUGCGAGUUUCUGAAGGAAAUAUUUAAACGGCGACCUUGGAUUGGUCAACACCUCUUUGGGUUCCUUUUGGAGAAAUGUGGUAGUGCCAAAUCACAGUUCCGGCAAGUUGAAGCCCUUGAAUUGGUGACUGAAAUACUAAAAUCUCACAUUUCUUCCACUACUGAUGAAAGUGCAGAAGAUGCACAAAAGGUGAUGUUGAAAAACCAUCUUCCAAAGCUAUGCGAUUUGGUCAAGCACUUAGUGAUCAAUAUGCCUGAAAAGCAGACCAGAAGAGCUGAUGUGCGUAAAUUCUGUGGCAAGGUAUUCCAGAUUUUGACAACUUAUAAUCUGACCUCUGGUUUUCUUAAAACUUUAGAACCAGAUGGUCGCGCUGCCUGUGAAUCCCAACUUGGCGACAUAUUUCUUGCUCUGAAGAAGCGGGUAGAUUAACAUACUGUUUUUCUUCUGCUGGACAAGCUCUGUUUGGGGCAUUCGUGGAACUCUUGUUUGAAGCUUUCAGGUGUAAAAUGAUCAGAGGCAAGUUCGAUCCUUCUCCAUUGACCUCAUAAGAUGUUUCUCCUGUUGGGAUUUUAUUUGUUAAGGUAUUGGAGUAUUUGUUGAGCCUUUUCAUCUGCAGCUCUCUGUUCUCUUCAAAGUGUUAAUGGCGAACAAGGCAUCAUCAUCCAUUGCAAUCAACAUGCUAUAGGGACCAGCACAAUUUUGAGUAAAAUUAUAGUGUAUGUCUUUUCUUCUAGUGACAUUUUUACGGUUUGACUUUGUAUGAAUAGUUCUCUUCUUCUGUGGCACUAGACACAUUCAUUUUUGUUUUACCUAGUAAUUUUUGUAUUAA